AUGCAACUCACAAACCACACCCAUCAGAACCCAACAUCCUUCCUACUCAUGGGAAUUCCUGGCCUGGAGUCAUCCCACUUUUGGAUUGCAUUUCCCUUCUGUUCCAUGUAUGCCCUGGCAGUUCUGGGCAACAUGGCAGUGUUAGUGGUAGUACACUCAGAGCCUGCUCUGCACCAGCCCAUGUACCUGUUUCUAUGUAUGCUGUCCACUGUUGACCUGGUGCUCUGCACCUCCACUAUACCCAAACUCCUUGCACUCUUUUGGGCAAAUGCUGCUGAGAUCACCUUUGGGGCCUGUGCUGCCCAGAUGUUCUUUAUCCAUGGCUUCUCAGCUGUAGAAUCUGGUAUCCUACUAGCAAUGGCCUUUGACCGCUACUUAGCUAUCUGCAAGCCUCUGCACCAUGGAUCAUUGCUGCCCCCACAAUCUGUGGGCAAGCUGGGAGCUGCUGCUGUGAUUCGUGGCUUAGGACUCAUGACUCCACUCACCUGUUUACUGGCAAGACUGAGCUACUGUAGCAGAGUGGUGGCACACUCCUACUGUGAGCACAUGGCUGUGGUGAAGCUGGCCUGUGGGGGCACACAGCCAAACAACAUCUAUGGCAUCACUGCAGCCACAUUGGUGGUAGGCACUGACUCCAUCUGCAUCACUGUCUCCUAUGCACUCAUUUUCCGGGCUGUGUUAGGCCUCUCCUCCAAGGAGGCAAGGGCUAAGACUUUUGGCACUUGUGGUUCCCACCUGGGUGUCGUCCUGCUGUUCUACACACCAGGGCUCUUCUCAUUCUACACACAGCGCUUUGGCCAGCAUGUGCCCCGGCACAUCCACAUCCUCCUGGCUGACCUUUAUCUCAUUGUACCAUCCAUGCUUAACCCCAUCAUCUAUGGCAUGAAGACCAAGCAGAUUCGGGAUGGGGCCCUCCGACUGCUGAAGAGGAGCCCUGCUCCAUCAUAA